AUGAUGAACGUCCCGGGUUCCGGUCGCCCUAUGCAGCGACGUUCCCCCGCCCCGGGCACCGAACCCGCCGGCGGCGGUGGUGGUGGUGGCCCGCCUCCCAACAUCCCGGCCCGCUCGAUAUCUCCUGCCGUUGGAAUGGGAGGACACAUGGGUGCCCAAGCUGGCAUGUCGAGGUCCUCGGCUGGCUCAAAUCGCUCAGUUCAAGGCCCUGGCGGCGGCCCCGGCGGCGGCGGGAGCACAAGGCGAAAUAAUUCAUCCGGCAGUUCGUCGUCCGUCCCGCUGUCGCAAAUCGAAAGGAGCGUAACACAUCUACUUGUUGCCACCAAGCAACUGCUCGAAACCCUGACACAAUGGUCCCGUGGAAACGCAACCGACACUCAGGUCUCCGACGUCUAUGUACGGCUGGGCUACGAGUUUAAUAUGGCAUGCCGAGCCUUUACUGCCAUCAAUGUCGAUAUCGACGACUUGGGCAACGUGCCGGAGCUGUUGCGCACCAUCCUGGAAGCCACCCUCAGCCAAGAAGCCAGCGCUGAAAGUCUUGAGAAAUACCUGCCGAGGAUACGUGAUAUUAUCAUAAAUCUGCUGCAUGGUCUAAAGAGAAAACAACAAAGGCUAAGGCAGCGCCAGACCAGAGAUAGAGAGCCGAGCAUCGCAGGAGGCGACGAUGGGGGCCACGGUCCAAGUCGCGGACCUGGCCCCAGCGGCAGUGGUGUGCCUACCAGAACUACAAGUACUAGUACCAUGGGUAGUGUUAAUUCUGGACUCACCAACAUGCUGAACGAAGGACUCGAGAGCAAUGGUUACCGACCAGACUCUCUAAGGGAUGAUUCUCGGAACUCUGGUCCCACGACGGCAUCACCCACGAGGCGCUUUCCUACACAACGUGAUCAAUCUCGCGGCUCUGUCACCUCGGACCAGUCCAGCCUGUCCACCGGCACCCCGGAAAUCAACGUGGAUAACUUCCCUCCUCCUCCGCCGCCGCCGAAGCAGUCGCAUCAGAGCACCGCCUUAGCGGCCCUACAACGAGGACCGGAACUGGAAAGACGAGCUUCCCGCAGAUAUUCGGCAUACCAGAUUUCCAAGCACCUCGGGGCCCAGGGUGGGAUCCCUAUGAUGCCUAUGCCCCAGAACACGCCGAUACCUAAUAGGAGCCUGGGCGAUUUUAAAGAGCCGAUGUGGGCAAUGCAGAAAAGAGAGAGCACCCGUCACAACCGCAACGCUUCGAACCAGUCCCAACGUACCAUUGGCCUCGAUUCCUCUCCUGUCCGGGUUCCCAGCCGGGUGUCUGAAGAGUCUGUUACCGAUUCGCCUGCAUAUAAUAGGGCCGAUAGCUUCAAUGUCCAGACACCAGAUGACAAGUAUCUAGCUCCCAGCGCCACUCUCAAUGGCCCGCUCACGGAUCCUAUCCCGAUGGUGGAUGAGGUAGACUCGCCUAAGCCGGCUGCUACGAGGCCUGCUCCUGCGCCUGCCGCUCCUCAGCAUCAACAAAAGCCCUCCGUCCGCGCUCCAACUCCGGAUAAACAACCUCCCAGCUCGUUCAUGCUCGAGAAUUCGCCCCCUGCAACUAAGGAACUGACCCUCUUCCUACAGUACAAGUCCAAGGUCAAGAAGUUCGUCCUCCCAGAAGGCUACGACGAUCUGUCCAUUGCUCGUCUUCAGCUUGCCUUUAUCGAAAAGUUCUCGUGGAACACACAACAGAAUGGAGCUGAUCUACCCGAAAUUUACAUUCAAGAUCCCGUCUCCGGUGUCCGCCAUGAGCUCGAGGAUUUUUCUGAUAUCAAGGACCGCACAGUACUUGUGUUGAACGUAGAAGCUUUGGAUGAAGUCAAGAAACAUAUUGACGAAGGCAUUGGGUCCCUCAAAACUAUCAUCCAGGAGGUUAAGCAGAAUGUCGACGAUCAAAACGCCGCCAUCCAGUGCGUGUCGGAGCGCCAGCAGGAAACUGCCAAGGAUCUCGCUCGCAUUGCAGCCGCCCCGCCCACCACCAUCAUGGCACCAAGUGGUAUGGACUCGACGGUCUCGCCACGCUCUUCGUCUUCCUCCGUCGCCGGCGCUGCUGCCAUCGCCAAUUCGUCCAAGAAGCUCAACCCAGGCCAGCUUACCGAGAUCCAAUCCCUCCGUCGCGACCUCGCCGUCCUUCGCCAGACCUACUCCAACUUCCAGUCCGAAGUCCAAGGCUCCAUGACUGCUCUCCGCAACAAGGCCAACAACGUCAAGACCGCCGCCGCCAAGUUGUCCGUUCCUGACGGGGAUGGCGACUCGGGCCGCGCGUACGUCACCAAGGGUCGUAAAGUGCUCAACGCCGAUAGUGACCGGCUUGUCAACAAGGUGGACGACCUGCAAGAUCUCGUCGAGGACCUCCGCAAGGACGUCGUCCACCGCGGCGUCCGCCCGCUCCCGAGAACGCUCGAGGCCGUCACCAAGGACAUCACGACGCUCACCAAGGAGCUCAAGAAGAUGGAGGAGUAUAUGAAGAAGGAGAAGCCCAUCUGGACCAAGAUCUGGGAGAAAGAGCUCGAGGACGUCUGCCAAGGCCGCGACGAGCUGCGCCUCAUGGAAGAUCUCAUGGUCGACUUGCGCGACGAUUUGGAGAAGGCCAGCGAGACGUUUGCGCUUGUGGAACAGGCAACCAAGGAGCAGAUGAAGGAGGGCGGACAGGGCAACACCGUCAACGGAUCGGUAUCCAACGGUCCCACGCCCUUUGGCGCCUUUAGUCGCGGGCUGAAGAGCAUUUCGGAGAGGUCAACGUCUGCGGACCCCAGCGAAGCGAAGGAGGGCAUUUUGGGCGAGGUGCGUGCCUUGCAGCCGAAUCACGAGAGCAGAUUGGAGGCGAUUGAGCGGGCGGAGAAGUUGAGGCAGAAGGAGUUGCAGACCAGGAUGGUUAACCCGCUCACAAAGGAGCUGGCAUCCUUUGUGGAGGAGGGGAAGUUGAAGAAGAGCGGUGGUGUCGAGGAGGUGGAGAGGGCGCGCAAGGCCAAGGAUGAUAGGAUCAGACGCGAGGUUUGGGAGCGCAUGAAUGGAAUGGUUGCGGAGGAUGGUGAGGAUGAUGAUGAGGAGGAUGACGAUGAAGAGGAAGAUGAGGAUGAUGAUGAAGAGGAGGAGGAGAGUGGGGAAGAGGGUGACGAGGAGGGAAGUGCCUCUGCUAAGGGGUCUGAAGAUGGAAAGGAAGAGGAUGAUGAGGAAGUGAAGGGGAAGAAUAAGGAGAAUCGUAAGAGUGAGGUGAAGCCGGAUGUGGAUGAGGCUGAAGAGGAGGGCAAGGAGAAGGCUGAAGAGGAGGGCAAGGAGAAGGCUGAACCCGCUAAGGAGUCCGGUGCGACUGCUUGA